ACCGCCGACCGAUAGGUGGCAGCGUUCUGAUAUUAUGUCAACGCAAAAGAAGACGCUGUUUCCGGAGAUGCUUAUGUAUUUGUUUUCGUUGCGUCAAAACUGCUUCCAUUAAAGUGAUUUUAAAACUUCCCAAAUGGUGUCAUUGAACAUUUUGCGAACGGUCGGCUCAUUCCGGACGCUGCCACUCACAGGCCGGCUCGUGACGAAUCAACCGGCCGCUUUCAAUGCUGUUACAUGUCCAGCACGCUGUUUGGUUGUGGGCUUGGCGAAGGACACAUGGACAAGCAAGAAGACCCUGAGAGGCACAAGGAGUGACAACGAGUUGAAGCGCUACUUCUGGAGCGUCACGACAGUCAGGAGUUACAGCACAUCCAAUGUGCAAAUGAACUGCUGGAGGUGUAAAGAACCUUUUAAGGAACUCCCUACAUUCUUCUGCUCGUCCUGUAAAGUAGUCCAACCUCCUCAUGAGGGAGUAUCCUUCUUCAGCAUCAUGGACUGUGAAGACACAUUUGCACUGGACACGCACAAACUGCAGAAAAGAUACUUGCUGCUCCAACGCUCCCUUCAUCCAGACAACUUCAGCCAGAAGUCUGCGGAAGAGCAAGAGUAUUCCGAACACCAGUCAGCGCUUGUCAAUAAAGCCUACAAGACUCUGCAGAAGCCUCUGAGUCGCGGCCUCUAUUUGCUGGAGCUGAAGGGAAUGCGCAUCGACGACGGCACAGAUUCAGGGGUAGAUGCAGAGUUCCUGUUUGAGCUGAUGGAGAUCAAUGAAGCCCUCGAACGGGCCCAGACGCCAGAGGAAGCCGAUAAGAUCAGUCGAGACACAAAAUGUAAACUAAUAACGUCAUGUCUCUCACACAGAUGUAGUCUGAACUGGGGGAAAAAAAGUCGCUCCCACCAGUAUUUCAGUUGACCACCCCUGAUCUAGCAAUCUAUGCCAGCCACUUAUGCAGAACAAUCAAAUAUUCUUCCACUCGAUGGCAACGUGGUUGAAUUUGUCUCGGGAUACUCUGACUGUCGAAAUUUGAGUUACUCGAUUGCCAAGAUUCACGACAAAUUGCACUCCCCUUUGAAGCGCUUGAAGUUUGUAUUUUCUUUGACAAAAUUCACUUGGUUCUACUCUGUGCAUUCACAGACUCCGACUGAUGCAAUGUUCGGUUCCCAAUGAAAGAACCAAUCCUUUGUACGUAACAUGUGCAGUCGCUGAACUUGUCGCAUCCUCCUCGC